UUUUACUCACACUCGGAUACGUUUUUUGUCUUGAUUUUCCACCUUUAUGUCCAUUAACGUUGACGGUUAGUGCCAGUAGAACUGUGCUCGUUUCACCGUGUCUGUUUGCACUAAUCACAUUUUUCCAUGUCUCCCUCUCUCUUCAGGCAAUGGUGGCCUGUUACCCUGGGAACGGAACAGGUUAUGUGCGCCAUGUGGACAACCCCAACGGCGAUGGGCGUUGUGUCACGUGCAUAUAUUACCUUAAUAGAGAUUGGAACGCCAAGGAACACGGUGGCCUGCUUCGAAUCUUCCCUGAAGGAAAGGCCCAGUUCGCCGACAUAGAGCCAAAAUUCGACCGCCUGCUGCUCUUCUGGUCAGACAGACGAAACCCUCACGAGGUCCAGCCCGCUUUCUCCACAAGGUAUGCCAUCACGGUGUGGUAUUUCGACGCAGACGAGCGAGCCAGAGCUAAAGAAAAGUACUUAACAGGCGCAGGAGAAAAGGGAGUAAAAGUCGAACUCAACAAAUCCUCCGAGCCCAGCUAGUGGGACGGCGGCGGCGGCGUCCCGCGCCAACAUCCAUUAAGUGCUCUGUCCUAAGAAAGUGGCCUAUAGAGCGCGCCUGUGUGUGUGUUUUACAUAGGAGCACAACUGAGUUUUGCUUAAGUGGGUUAAAAGGUCUUCAUUUACAAAGACGAAAUAAGAGGACGGAAAUCAGCUACACACUACUCUCUGUUCAUUUACGGUAAAUCUGGACAAGCCAGAGGACAAUGAAUGUCAUAACAUUGUACUAAAAGGGAUUGUAUGCUUCUUUUUUUUUUUUUUUCCCUCUUAUUAAUAGAGAAUGCAUCUACAGUACAGCUGAGCUGGCUAAAGAAGAAAAAAAAAUCUGAUCCUCAUAUUUUGUUUUCCCAAGUUGAUUCCUUAAAGGUACAGUGUUUUGCUUUUCAGGUUAUUUUUUUGCUCGCAUCAUAGAAUAAGCUACUCCGUGCAUGUAAGGAUCCAGGAAGUUUCAGGAACGACCUGGACUCAGAGACAACCCAGCUCUGCUUUGGUCUCAGUCCCAGUUCCUAAUGCUGCAGCUUCCCGGAUCCAUGUUUUAAUGGCCUUGUUUUUCUGUCGCGCUCGGUAACAUGAACUGUUUUGAAUCAGCAGAAUGUUGAGCAGAGACUUACAUAAACAUUAUCUCUGAGUGGGAUGCAGCCUGGCUCGCUUUGAUCUGUUGUUUUUUUUUAAUGCAAAGUGCAGUGCGCCCUCUGCAGGACACUUAUUUUGUGUACAGCACCUUCAUGUUUGUGCCAAUGUUUGUUUUUGUUGCUGUUUUUUUUUUUUUUUUUCCUCUUUCGAACCUGAGGAUGAAUGAUAAGUUGCUGCUGAUCGGAUCCCUUCAGGUCUCAGGCUAGGCAUGGGCCGGCGUUAGUCACGCGGUGCGAUAGAGUCCACUAAACAAUGCCACCGUACCGCUGCAUCUGCAACAAAAAAAAGAAAGAAAAGCAAAUACAGUUGUUUUUCAAAAUAAAAGCGCCAUGUUUAUUUUCCUGCAGGCAAGUGUAAGAAGAAAAACAACAGUCUGCAGUUUCCUUUGCAGACCCAGUUACUCUAAGAAGCGAAGAUGCUUGAAGAUUCAGCCGGACUAAUAUUUAGUUCUGAGAACUGCUUCCCGUCUGUGUUGCACGGAGCUCGAUUUCGCUGCGUUUCUUUUGGUUUUGCCUCCAAACAAAAAGCUCAUCUGUCACUCACUGCAAAAGCUUUUCUCUCAGGUUACGGUCUGGAGAAUUUGAGCUGAAAACACGUUAACCUUUUAGGUCUGGAACCGAAAUGCUGCUCGUUUACGUUUGUCUUGUUCAAACACCCAUUUCUAGGGCAUUUACUCUUCAGUUCAAGGCUACGUGACUGAAGGUCUUUUUCUGUGUGUGUGUGUUUGUGUUCAGACAGGUGUGCUGUAAAUAGUUAUGAUGCAUCGUUAGUUGCAUCCCCACACCAUGAUGUCUGAGCCGCCGUGCUUCUCCUGCUGUCGUCAGUUUAUAGACUAACCCGAUUCUCUGCAGCCCACAUCAUUUUUUCCAACAAUGGGACUCUGCGGGGGCUUCUUGCCAAUGAGUCUGCCUGCUCUAGCGCUCGCAGGUAACCAGAUCCUUCUGAAACUGAUUUAGUGGAUGCAGUUUUUCCCUUUUUUUGUGAUUCUUUGAUCCAUUCAAAUACUAGUUCUCUGUUCCCUUCAUGUUUUGAAGCAACAUUUGCUGCAGUCGUCCCUAAAUGAGGACCACCUGCAUGACGCCUUGUCCUCAGUGAUGGAAAUCCUCACAGCCGUUACUUUAAACAGAGAACCCUUUCAAUUAAGGGUUCAGUCACAGAACCAGCAGUGUUCAUGCCACCACUGUUGGAUCUGUUGGUCUUAUGUUGCCGAUCUGCUCUUGUAAAGUAUUUCACCAGGUAGAAGUGUAAGCGCUGCUAAAACCAGGGUAUGAUCUGGUCAGGGACGUUGGACUGCUAU